GGGGAAUCCAUCAAUGUCUCUGUGCAUUCCAGUGGUUGCAUUACCACGGAAAAGCUCCCCCACCGUUCCUCAUAAACAGAAAGUGGUAUUUGAACGAAGUGACUUUGGUGUCUUCCUGUAUAAUUUGAAGUCUGUUUUGCCGUGUCGCUUUCCCUUCGUUGACGUCUUAGCUCAACCGGGACCCGAGAUCCAUUAAGCACCACUUGAUUGUCAGAUAUGGUCAAUGCCUCCAGAACAGCUGCGAUGCUUCUGACGACGGUCACAUUCUGCAAGUCACAAGAAAUGAUUGUGUCUAAUGGAACAGUACCAGGCAUAUAUAAAGAGUCUGGACGGUACAAAUACCAUGGCUGCUACAAUGAAACCAUGCAGAUACAGGAUUCGGCACAGGAGCGGGCUCUGAUCGGCGGCUCCCACCUUGUAAUGGCAGGCAAGAUGACAGUGCCCAUUUGUCUCGAGUUCUGUGCCUCGAAUGGUACGCAAUAUCAGUACGCUGGACUCGAAUGGUCAAGGGAAUGCUGGUGUGCGCUGUAUUUGUCGAGCCUUUCAGUCAGACUCGACGACGGAGAAUGCGAGAACUCAUGUGAAGGCAAUUCGUCUCAAGUUUGUGGCGGGACGUUGAAGUUGAGCGUGUACGAACUUGCAAAGGGAGGGGAUACGCCAGAUGGAGUUGCCAUCAACCAAAUACCUAGGGGUUUGUUUGUGUCGAGUCUCAUAUUUGGAACGUUUCUCCUAUCGGUCUGACAUAUAAACAUGUUGGCACUGGGUAGAAUCCAAGGAAAAAAUAUGGAAAAUCAUGAAAAGGGGGGAUAUGAUUGUGAUCUAUGGUGUCAUAGUUUCCUGUAUGUAAUCAGCGUUUUUCAGAGCUUCAAUGGAGCCAUGGCUAGUUGCUUUACAGCAUCUUGCACAAUCACUUUGAUAGCUUCAACCGAUCGUCUCC